UAGACGUCGGUUUUUCGACUAGUGCUUCAGUUUGCUUCGACAAGUCGAUCUACUCGCUAUUACGCGAAUGAAUGGAAAAAUCGAGGUCACAGGGCAGCUUUUUCUAGGAAAUAAGAACUAUUUCCCCUAGUUACAGAUAUUUUGGUUUGUUUAUAGUUCCUUCGUUUGCAGCGAAAGGGUUUACAAGGAAACCACUACAGUGUUUGUGGGUUGUAAUACUAUUUAGGUGUUUUGUGGAUUCGACCGUAAAACUACAGUCUUUUAUAUCGUAUGAGAGGAUAAACAUUGAUCUAGUAAGAAGACUUGUUCUAAAAAUAUACAGUGACUUCGAAACUGAAAGUGAAAGAUUCUAUCUAUGCUUUCAUCACGACGUGAAAACGUUUUCAAAAUACUGCUACGUGUUUUGAUUGGAAGAAAGCGUUUUCCCUUUAACAACAAGAUGCCUGUAUCGACAUCCACAAGCCCUACAAGAAGACAGUCUUCACGUAGACUUAAUUGUCAAGUUAUACUCCUUGAUAACACAGAAUUCAGAGCAAGUUUCGAAAGGAAAUCAGCCAAAGGAAAGGACUUGUUUGACAAAGUGUGCGAGCACUUAAAGUUAGAGGAUGGAGAGUAUUUUGGAUUACAGUACACUGCUUGGGAAGACGGAGAGCUAGACUGGCUAGGAAUGACCGAAGAAAUUCGCACUCAGAGAUCUAAGCCAUACCAUUUUCAAUUUGCAGUGAAAUUCUUCCCAAGAAAUCCUCGAAAAGUCGGCCAAGUAGCGCGCGAAUUAAUGUGUUUACAAGUGAAAGAUCUACUAUUGCGCGGGAAGUUUUUGAUUGCCGUACCAGUAAGAAAACACGCAAUCCUCGAUGGCCUUUUUACACAGCUUUGGUUGGGAGAUUACGACCCAAAUAUCCAUCCAAGAGGCUAUAUACAGUACAAGCUCGAUCGCUUUUUUGUUGCGCCGUGUGGCAUUAACUCUGAUGAGGAAAUAAUCGAAGCUAAGUAUGAGGCGUUGGUUGGUUAUAAUCAUCGCCAACAUCAAGGGAUGAGUAGAGAGGAAGCGGCUGUCGCUUUCCUAGAAAGCGCUCAAGAUUUCAAACUUUACGGAAUAUCAAUCCAUAAAGGAGCUACAGACAAGAACGGUAAUCAUAUUCUCCUGGGGCUGUACGAGAGAGGAAUAUUAGUGUACGAGAUUAAUGAAUAUAAUGAACCAGGGGCUUUAAUACUGGAAAUAUCAUGGCAGGAAGUCGUAACAACACAGAACCAGAAUCGAAAAUUCCACGUGGUGUUUUACAACGAAGUUAGAAAAGAUGGCGGUAGUUUUUGCUACCGAUUUCACGGCCAUCAAGGAAGUAAAGCGGCGCUAAGGAUGCAAAAGGAUGCCUUGGAGCAUAAGGAGUUCUUUUAUCAUCCAGAAAAGAAGUUGAAUCGUAGAAGCCGCUCAUUCGCGGAAGCAGAUUCAAUAGUUCGUGAUUCUGUGACGGAGGUGUUUGACAGACGAGACAGUAAGUAUGCCACAACGGGUAGAGAUGUCGUUAGGAGAAAAAGUUCUUUUGGUCGACUGAAAACAUCUUUGAGGAAGAAGUUGCCUGCCAAAAAGAGAAAGGYUAUUGCAAACUUGAAAGAUGAAGAAGAUACUGAAGAUGCUGCACCUAAAAAAGUUGUCACUUAUGUGUGAAUAUCAAUGGAUGAACUGAAUGAAUAAAUGAAUACAUGAGCAAUGCUAUAUCAAGUCUAAAUUGCAGUUUUUGAUAUUCUGCGAACUCAGAAAUAUCAACAGCUUGUUUAGCCUCCUUUAAUUUGCAGCUGUUUUAGGGUCGUCACACAACGUUUCCCUCCCCACAAAGGAAAGACAGGAAACGUUGCGUGACGACCCCAGGAGUGGCUGCAAAGGAGGCUAGGGCUUGUUGUGAAAUUGAUGUUUUACUGCUGCCAGUCAAGAACAUUAUAGGUACCGACUGAUUAUUUAAAUGAUUGACGGCAGCAAAAAAAAAACAAAUUUCAACAUGCAGGUUGCAACCACCAAGUUUGCAGAAUAUUGAAAACAGCAGUAAUUAAGUCUUAAUUGAUUGACACAUUGAACUACUUUUUUGAGACUUGAAAAAAAGUGAUAUCCUAAGACCAAAAAAAGCUGUCAUUUAUGUCCGACUAUGAUUAUGUAAAUAGGUAAAACAAUGAUUGAAUGAAUGCUCAGUGUCGUAUCAAGUCUUAUCUUAAAAGUGAUUUACACCUUGAGUUACUUCUAGAUAUUUAGGUGGCCAAGUCAAACUGUUGUAAAUAAGGCCAAAACAUGGGACAUGCUUCCUCAAGUUGUCAUAGUAACAGAAACAUGAAAACUAUUAGCUAUGAUAAAAAUAAAGUAUACUCGAAGUGGUUUAGGCCUAGGGCAAACGUCGAACUUUCCAUGUACCGAACUCAUUAAAAACAAUGGAUAUCAGGUGAUAAUGAGGCGACAUUCUUUGAUGUAAUUAAGUUCAGUGCAUGGAAAGUUCAACGUUUGCCCUAGGCCUAACUGAUUCUAUAUCAAGCUUACAAUUCUAUCAAUGAAAAUGUCAUAAUUGUUACACUGAUUUAGUUAACACUGAUAUUUGUGUUUAUUGGCUUCAAAGGAAUUAAAUAAUGCUUAGUCUGCAUUAAUUGAGUUAUAAGAAUCAAUUAAUUGUUAAUGCUUUUGUUUGUAUUCAUGAACACAUCUAAUAAACUCUACUCAUAUGUGA